GUGAGUAAUCUCAAAGUCUACAUUGAACCUUCUCCUAUAAAUUUUUUUUUUUCCAAAAUCAUUGGAAUUGACCAUGGAAACAAGGAUUGCACCGUUCUGCUCCUUCCUCUUCUUCGUUACAACUCUCUGCUCCCGCUCCACUGCAAGAGACACCCUGACUCUCUCUACUCCUCUCCUUGACGCCGACGGAGCGACCUUGAUCUCCGACGGCGGUAGAUUCGCACUUGGAUUUUUCAGCCCCCUUGGCUCCAGCAACCGCUACAUCGGCAUAUGGUACCACAACAUCAACCACAACCAAACCGUGGUAUGGGUUGCCAACCGCAAACAUGCUAUCACCGACCGGUCCGGCCGUCUCUCUCUAACCGGCGACCGAGGACUCACUGUCACCGAUGGAAACUCAAUUGCUGUUUGGUCCUCCCACUCGGCGACGGUUCUCAAGAGCCCCGUCGCACAACUCCUCGAUUCCGGAAACUUCGUGGUCAGCAACGGCAGCUCUGUGGCGUGGCAGAGCUUCGAGUUUCCGACGGACACGUAUAUCCCGAGUAUGAAGAUAGGGUGGGACCUGACGACCGGGCGCAGCUACAAUCUGACGGCAUGGACGAGCGAGAGCGACCCGGCGCCGAGUGGCUACACGAUGAGCAUCGACCAGAGCGGCGAUCCGCAGUUGGUUAUAACUGACGGGCCGCGACGGCACUGGCGGGGCGGCCCGUGGAACGGCAACCGGUUCAGCGGCGCCGAGGGCAUGCAACGCGACCGCGCCGUCGGCAUCGGAUUCAACUACACGACCAAUCCCCACCAAGUCUUCUUCUCCUUGUACCUGAUCGACACAUCGAUCAUCGAUAGGCUUGUGAUCAGCACCUCCGGCACCUUGCAGCACUACAUGUGGAUCCAAGACCGGCAGAUAUGGACGUUCCUGGGGUUCGUGCCGCGGGACGAGUGCGACAGCGUGGCCCGAUGCGGCCCCAACGGCGUCUGCCAUCCGGACGGGUCGACGAUGUGCACGUGCCUCCCGGGCUUCGCCAGUCGGAAUAACAGCGUAGAAUUGGACGGCUGCGUGAGGAUCACGGCGUUGGACUGCGUCAACGGAACGGAUGGGUUCGUGAAUCAGAGCAGCGUGAAGCUUCCUGACACGUCGACAGCGAUGGUGGACUGGAGCAUGGUGAGCCUGGAGGAGUGCAGAGUUCGCUGCUUGAGGAAUUGUUCCUGCACCGGCUACGCGCAGGCCAACGUCAGCGACAGUGGCAGCGGAUGCGUGCUCUGGUGGACCAAUCUACUGGAUAUCAAGUACUACAACGGCGGAACAGGGCAGGAUCUCUUCGUCAGAGUAGCAGCAGCCGAUCUCCCAAGCACAGGGGCAAAGCCUGGUCAUCGGAGUCCUAUGGUCGCCGUCAUUGUGGCCCCUGCUUUGGCUAUUAUUCUACUGGCAUUCAUUGUUUAUUGGAUUUGCUGGAGGAAGAAGAAACAUGACAUUUAUUUUGAUGAUGACGCUCAAGAAGAGGAUUUGGACCUACCAAUAUACGAUCUAUACACCAUUGCAGAAGCCACCAACAACUUCUCAGAAAGCAACAAGCUUGGGCAGGGAGGUUACGGACCAGUAUACAAAGGUAAGCUUAUGGAUGGACAAGAGAUAGCUGUGAAGAGGCUAUCGAUGACAUCGACUCAGGGUGCCCAUGAGUUCAAGAACGAAGUAACGGUGAUUGCUAAGUUACAACAUCGAAACCUUGUUCGACUUCUCGGAUGUUGCAUCGAAGCAAGGGAAAGGAUGUUGAUCUACGAGUUCAUGCCUAAUGGAAGCCUGGAUGCCCUUCUAUUUGAUAAAGCAAAAAGUGGAUUGCUGGAUUGGAAAACCCGAUACAACAUCAUAGUUGGGAUCGCUCGAGGAUUGUUGUAUUUGCACCAUGACUCUCGGCUAAGAAUCAUCCAUCGAGAUAUGAAAGCUAGUAAUAUUCUUCUCGACGAGCAUAUGGAUCCUAAAAUAUCAGACUUUGGAAUGGCGAGAACAUUUAGAGGCGACGAUAUAGAAGCAAAUACAAUGAGAAUUGUUGGAACCUAUGGAUAUAUGUCACCUGAGUAUGCUAUGAACGGGAUGUUCUCAAUAAAAUCUGACGUAUUUAGUUUUGGUAUAUUGAUACUUGAAAUCAUAAGCGGUAGAAGGAAUAGAGGUGUUUAUAAUUCUCCAUUCCACAUGAAUCUUCUUAGCGAUGUAUGGAACUUGUGGGAAGAUGGUGAAGCAUUGAAGCUUGUCGACGAAUCAAUUGCACAUUCAUUUGUAGCAACCGAGGUAUUGAGUUGUAUAAAAUGUGGACUCUUAUGUGUUCAAGAGCAACCGAUGGACAGACCAAUGAUGAAUACAAUAUUGAAAAUGCUAGAUACUGAUGUUUCUCUUUUGCCGGAACCAAGUCCAUCCAGAUUUAUAAAUUUAAGAGACCCUUUGGAGUCUGAUUCCUCAACAACAAUCAAAUCAAAGACACUAUAAGGCCUCUCUUCAACUCCCUUCUGCUUAUUUCCAUCUAGUCGUAUUUAUAUGAAACUGGAUCUGAAGGUUUCUAGUUUCUCAAAUAGUAAUCCGGAAAAACUGGACAAGUUUGUGUUCAAUUGCCUAGUGAUUAUUCUAUUUACUAGUGUGCAUCUAUCUACACCCAAUGAUUUAAAUGUUUCUCUUGCAUAGUUUUCUACGUGAGGAGGCACAUCUGAGAUGUGCUAAGAUCUUGUUAAGAAACUGAAGAGCAAAUUAGAAAGAUAGAUGAUCGAGCAUGCAAAGAGUUACGAGGCGGAGCGACCUUGGACUAAGGUGGGUUGCAGCCCUACCUUUUUAAAAAAAUUUUAAUAGCUUUUGAUUUCUUCAAUAUUUUUUUUCAGCCCCAUCCAAACUGUUAUGUAUUGAAAAAAAAUAUUAAAAUUCUGAAUCAAAAAAUAUAAAAUAAAAUAAAAUAUAGACUAAUCGAAUUGUU